ACCGGUAGGUGAUCUCCGGGGGGUGUCUGUUUGUGGUGACGCAGGAUACGGUUCUCCCGUCAUUGGACACCGAAACAUUACGACCAGCCUCCAUGGUAUUCAGUGACAGGCCUGUCGCCUCCUGUCCAAAGGUUGCUGCUCAGUUUUCCCAUUUAGCCAUAACGCUCUGCAAAGCGUCUGCAUCCUGCAUGAUUUUAAGUUUCAGCAUUGGCCUAAAAGCUUGCAGAUAUGGGGGGAGCGGUGAGCGCUGGACAGGACAAUGAUGAGCUAAUUGAUAACCUGAAGGAGGCUCAGUAUAUUCGAACAGAGGCUGUGGAAAAUGCUUUCCGUGCCAUUGACCGUGCAGAUUAUUACCUGGAGGAGUUCAAGCAGAAUGCAUAUAGAGACUUGGCCUGGAAACAUGGUAACAUCCACCUAUCAGCCCCAUGCAUCUACUCCGAGGUGAUGGAGGCCCUCGAUCUGCAGCCGGGACUGUCAUUCCUAAACCUGGGCAGUGGCACGGGCUACCUGAGCACAAUGGUGGGGCUAAUCCUGGGGCCCUUUGGCAUCAACCACGGAGUAGAAAUCCACAUUGAUGUGAUUGAAUAUGCCAAGGAGAAGCUGGACCUGUUUGUGCGCACUAGUGACAGCUUUGACAGAUUUGACUUCUGUGAACCUUCCUUUGUUGCUGGGAACUGCCUGGACAUCGCUUUGGACUGUACGUAUGACCGUGUGUACUGUGGUGCCGGGGUGCAGAAGGAACAUAAGGAGUAUAUGAAGAAUCUGAUCAAGGUUGGCGGGAUCCUUGUUCUGCCUUUGGAGGAAAAGCUCACCAAGAUCACUCGCACAGGGCCAUCCUCCUGGGAAACCAAAAAAAUCCUUGCUGUGUCCUUUGCUCCCCUCAUACAGCCUGACAAUGCAGAAGCUGCAAAGUCAAAGAGUCUGCGACUACCUCUGCCGAAUAUCUGCUCCCUCCAGGAUCUUACUCGAGUCACCAUCAGGAGACACAUGAAAAAGAUCAUAAGCCAAGCUCCAAACGGCCGGGGGGAUGGGGUGCUGAAGAACCCACCACGCUACAAGAGAAAAAGAUUGCGCAGGCGCCCCUUGCAGACUGUUGUUUAUCUGGAAGAGGGAGGCUUCGUUUGCAGGAUCCAGAAUUCCUUCGAUGUUAAUAACAACUGUGACGAUGUAGAGGAUGAUGUGACAGAGAAAGACGAGCAGGGGGUUAUUGAAACCAAGCCAGACCCCCCUGUUAACUUUCUUCGUGAGAAGAUUCUGUGCCUCCCCCUUCCUGUGCCCUUAAAGUACUAUCUGCUAUAUUACCGAGAGAAGUGAAGGUCGUGCCCAAUGCAGUCUUGGGGUCACUAUGUUUCAGUGGGCACUUACAGCACCCGUGACGUCACUGCCCUGGGUGUUGGUGCGGCUUUUCUUCCUCCUUUUACUAAAUCCUGAUGCACAGGUUGCUGCUUUCACUCAGAAGACCGAGUGUCCUAUGGCUUGCUGAGGAUGGAAUUUCCGUGAUUUUAAUUGGCUGGGGCAUUGGACCCAAUUUGGGUUUUUCUGCCCGAAAACCCUUGACAUGCCUGUUACUGUACUAAACAUGUUGCCUGUUUUGUGAGAUUGAGCUGAUGCUUUGCCAGAUCUCUAGGAUGUAUUCAAUAGGUCCUGCAUGUAAAAAGCAAUGUAAAACACCAGGCCAGCCAGCUUUAGGUUAGAGGUGUGUAUACUGGUAAAACUGCGCCUAUUUAUGUGGUGUAGUGACUGUUCCAUCCGUGUUUUGCUUAAUUAUAGUAACCUUCGCCUCUGUUCCGGUUUGGCUUUUAACGUUUGGAAAAUAAAGGAGACUUCUGUUAUCCUUAUGGUUAAGGGGAAUACAUUUUUGGUUGAGGACAAACGCCUUUCUCGGCACUUGGUCCUGAUAUUCAGGGUCCUGUCCAACUCUCAACAUAGAUGUGCUGUUGGAAUGAGUGGGAGUUUGUAUGAUGAGGGAUACGCACAAUGUUCUAGAAUGUUUUUUGGUGCUCCCUUGCUAUUGGUCUAUGUCGUGCCUUUUUAUGGUUGGUAUGAGGGGGUGGUCAAGUCCAGACUGAGCUCCAAAAUAAGCUCUUGCUAUUCAAGUACACAGAGUCCCAAAACAACCGGCACCCCCCCCCCCCCCCGUCAAGCUAUUGGUCUCUUUGUGUGGUUGUUUGUUUGUUUUUGGAAUGGAGGGAGUGCUCAGCGCAUUAAGCGCAUUACAAUCAAUGUCGUUUUUUUUUCUCUUUCUGUAGGUUUCCAGACACUCACCCUUCAGAGCUUACAUUGUUAGCAUCAUUUCAUUUAAAGGAACACAGAUGAUAAAAUAUCAGGAUAAACAACUGCCAUGGUCUGUCUGUCCUUGUUUGUCAGUAAGUUCCAGUCUUGAGUCUGUGGCUCAAUAGUAUGUGAAAUUCAAGAUUUAAUGCUUGAUAUUCACUGGGAGACAUAGAGCUCCAGUUCUGGUAAUUUAUUGCCACGAGGAACUAUUAUACUGCUUUGCUGACUACAGAUCCUCCUAUAUACACACCUGCUUGGUGUAAAUAUCCACUUAUGAUCAGACUAUAGGAAGUCUUCUAAACCCCACUAUUGUCUUCAUUGUUAUAGGUGAAACACAGCCCGAUACCCUACAGGUACUUGUUUUGCCCCCCCCCCCCCAAAAAAAAAAUUCUUCAAAGAAAUUUCUAUUCCAACUCCCCUAUAAAGGUGUAACAUGAAACUGAACUGUUGCACUUGUUUUAAUAUUGUAAUCUGUGUGCAAAAUAUAAUAUAUGGACUUUUAUGUUGUUUGUAGUUGAAGAGUCUAAAGUAAAUAAAUGGACAUUUUGUUUCA